GUCAUUCUCAUCAUCGUUUCGAACGAGUAAGAACUGUGCGUAGAGAAACGGUUAUCGAAAAUGCCACCAAAGACUAGUGGAAAAGCAGUUAAAAAAGCUGGUAAAGCUCAAAAAAAUAUCAGUAAAGCUGAUAAAAAAAAGAAACGCAGAAGGAAGGAAAGUUACGCUAUUUACAUUUAUAAAGUUCUUAAACAAGUACAUCCAGAUACUGGUAUUUCUAGUAAAGCUAUGAGCAUCAUGAAUAGUUUUGUGAAUGAUGUAUUUGAACGCAUUGCGGCUGAAGCAUCUCGCUUGGCACAUUAUAACAAAAGAUCAACGAUUACUUCUCGAGAAAUUCAAACUGCUGUACGUUUGCUUCUUCCUGGUGAGUUAGCCAAGCAUGCUGUCAGUGAAGGAACUAAAGCCGUUACCAAAUAUACUAGCUCCAAAUAAGCAAAUGACCACACAACUGCCCUUUUUAGGGCGACAAA